AUGAGCGACCAACCUCGUCAACGCUCUAAUUCGUUAGAAUCUAGUUCAGCAUCUGAGAGUGUUUCAGGACCGCAGAGGGGUACUGAAUUGAAGAAAAAUGAUCAGCAUAGUCAUUCCAAAGAAGAACAUGGAGCUAGAGGACGACCCCAUUUUAGAAAGCAGUACUCCAUGGAUACCUAUGGUCCUUCUAGCUCUAGUGUGCAGGCACACCGGGGCUGGGACCGCCUGAGGGAAGCCUCAAGAGGCCGCCAUAAAGGUUUUCACAACCCGGUUGCCUUUCAUUCGCCAGACGACCCAAUUCCGCCAUUUACUCAGGCGAUUCAACCUCGUAUUCCGGGGAUUCAGCGGACUGCUAGUAACAAUUCUGUCUCCAGCUCAUCUUAUUUGCAGCAGCAGGCACAGCAACAGCAACGCAAAGGCUCACGAGCUGGAUCUCUCUUCAAAAGACUGGCAGGUAUGAAAAUAUCCUCUGCAAGCGCGUCCGAACCUUCUGACCAGGAGUCAGUUGCUGCUAAUCCGACUACACAUCCGCCCGGCAUUCGUCGAAAAAUGAGCACUUUCAUUCAUGGGAAUUCCGGGACUCAACCUGAUCUCAGUGCUGGCGAUAAUGAUUCGCUAAAUUCGGAGACGUACUCAAAGGUCAACAGGGGUUUAUUUUCUACAUCGGCUGUCAAUAGUCGGCGUGGCUCAACAGCAAGCGGUGCUGCAAGUGGCAUAACUACAGGGAGUGGCCACAAUUCGCCAAAAAUUCAUCACGUCCAUGAGGGAUCAAUACCCUUUAACUCUACAGCACUCAAUAGUGGCCCUGACGAUCAAAAGGGCAUAUCCCGCAAGCAGUACUCCGACUCCUCUGAAAGCCCUGAACGCCAUCCUGCAAAUAAUUUGUCGCGAAGCACAAGUUAUUUUUUACUGGAUACUGAUCUCAAUAAUGUUUCAGACAUCACCAACAUAUCGGGGAAACCUGCUAGGGAUAUAAAAAAAGUUAAAAAUGGCACUGAGGGCCAGAAAUCUAAGAGUGGCUUCAAGGAGGUCAAGAAACUUCCAUCUAUAGGCUCUGAACCGAAUCCUGCUCCUGAUACUACACAUUCAAAGGUCCAAUGGAUUGCCCCAGAAAGUUGGGAUAUCGAUGAGGAAGCCGGAAAGCCGCUUUCUUUGAAGGACAAAAAGAAAGCACAUCAUCAACACCAUCAUCGUCACCAUCGUUCGCCUAAGGUUGAAAGAGAUCGAGUUCGCGAAAAAUCGGGGCAACCCACUUCGUCGAAAAAACGCGAACUCACUCCUAAGCUGAACCCGCUGGAAGAGAACGUUGAUAAUGAGCCUCUCAGCUCGAGCUUGUCCUCAGAGCCUCUCAAUAGCUCGACUGUCUUAACAACAGGCACGUCGAACAGGGACGACAAUUCUCAGGGCCAGAGCGAAGAAAGUUCUUCCUUUAGUGAUUCGGAAGCCGCAGAUGUGGAUGGUGGGAGACUAAGAGCUGAUUCUAUGGAUUCUAUGCAGACCAACGAUUCGGAUCCUGAAAAAACUGACGAGAUAUUUGACAAGGCGGCCUAUGAGUUAGAAAAGUACUAUAAUGAUUUUAGUGAUCUCGACUUCUCCAAACGUUAUGCUAUUAGAGUUUUUAAUACAGAUGAGACGUUCACAACCCUGUCAUUGACACCGAACACGACAAUUCAGGAGAUGAUUCCGCAGCUCAAGCGAAAAUUCAACAUCGGUCAAGGGAACUAUCAGGUCUCCUUGAAAGUCGCUAAAGUUUUUAAAGUCCUUUCGGCAACCGCGCGUCCGAUACUAAUUCAGCGAAAGCUGUUACUUUUAAAUGGUUAUAGGAAGACUGAUCCGCUGCAUAUCUUGGGUAUUGAUGACUUGAGUUACGUUUUCAACUUUGUUUUCCAUCCAAUUGCAACAUCACACCUUACUUACGAACAGGGGCAAAUGCUUUCUAGAGGUGACUUUGUACACGUUGAUUUGAGAAGUUUAAAUUUAACGACCCCACCUAUCAUUUUUUAUCAACAUACUCCUAAUAUUGAAAGUCUGGACUGCUCCAAUAAUGCCAACAUUUUUCUGCCACUCGAUUUCAUAGAAAGUGCCAUAAAGCUAUCAAGCUUAAGGAUGGUAAACAUUAGGGCGUCAAGGUUUCCUCUCAACAUUACAGAAGCCGAAAAGUUGGUUUCUCUAGAUCUCGAGCGAAACUUCAUAAAAAAAAUCCCUCCGUCCAUAUCAAAGUUGAGUGAGCUUACAAUUCUUAACGUUCAAUGUAACGAAUUGGACAGGCUGCCAUUAGGAUUUGCUGAGCUUAAGAAUCUAAGGCUGUUAGAUAUCUCAUCGAAUAAUUUUUCCAAGUUUCCGGAAGUCAUUUGCAGCUGUACUAACCUACUUCAAAUAGACUUGUCUUACAACAAAAUAGAGUCUUUGCCCGACUCGCUAAACCAACUUACCAAGGUUGCCAAAAUAAAUCUGGCCAGAAACAAGCUGUCAUACAUUGGAAACUUAUCAGGCAUGAUCAAUUUGCGAACCCUCAACCUGAAGUAUAAUAGAAUUACCUCACUGAAAAUGAAUAAUUCUUCACUCCAAAAUUUGGCGAUUUCAAAUAACCGCAUUAGUGUUUUUGAUGACAAAUUAUCGAAGUUAAAAACAUUGGAAAUCCGUGAGAACCCGAUUACCUCGAUCUCGUAUGAUGGGGAGUAUCUUGUAAAUUUGGUGAGUUUGUCUUUGAACGAAGCUAAGCUUUCUAGUGUGCCGCCCGAACUUUUAUGCAAAUUGCCACGUUUAGAGAAACUAGAAUUGAACGGUAACAAAUUGACUCAGAUUCCUCCUGAAAUUUCUAAGUUAACGAAGCUUGUCUAUUUUUCUGCCAACAAGAACAAACUGGAAAGCAUCCCUGAAGAAAUAUGUGAGCUUCAUUGUUUAAAGACCCUUGAUAUUCACUCGAAUAACCUGAGCAACCUUGUCAAGGGACUGGGUAAAAUGGAGCUUACCAGUUUCAACGUUUCUUCAAAUCUACUGGGGAAUACCAUCGAUAUUCAAGAAAUUUUUCUGAAUCGUCGCGACUCAGCACUUGCUAAAAGUCUUCUGUUUCUAAGCAUGGCUGACAAUAACCUAGGUAAUCAAUUUUGGACCCUUUUUAACAUGUAUGAGAACUUGAAAAUGUUAAAUCUAUCCUAUAACAACCUAAGUGAUCUGUCAACUUUCAAGCUUGAAAAUUUAACCGAGCUUUAUCUAUCUGGCAAUAGCUUUGUUUCGUUACCAGGGGAAACGGUUUUACGGUGGAGAUCUUUAAAAAUACUGAUGUUGAACGGCAAUAGCUUGCUUUCUUUACCAUCUGAACUGUCCCAAUUGAGUAAGCUGAAUGUGCUGGACGUGGGGUCAAACCAGUUAAAGUAUAAUAUAUCAAACUAUCAUUAUGACUGGAAUUGGGCCAAUAAUAAAGGUUUGAAGUAUCUGAACUUCUCAGGAAAUAAGAGGUUUGAGAUUAAAUCAGCUUUGGACAAUGAUAGCAAAAGAGAUUUGUCCGAUUUGACAGUUUUAAAGGAGUUGAGAAUUUUGGGAUUGAUGGACGUGACAUUAAAAACGUCUAGGAUCCCAGAUGAGGGUGUGAAUAUUCGUUUGAGGACAACAGCCUCCGUUCUAAAUGGCAUGCAAUAUGGAGUGGCCGAUACCCUAGGUCAGAGAGAUUCCGUUACUUCAAGAGAUGUAACCUUUGAGAGAUUUAGAAGCAAUGAUGAUGAAUGUUUAGUCUGCCUCUACGAUGGCAAAAAUGAAAAGAUAAGCACUGGUCAUAAUAUCUCUAAAAUUAUAAGAGACAAUUUCCAUAAGAUUUUCAUCCGCCAACUUGAAAAAUAUGGUGAGACUUCUGACGGUAUAAAAGAUGCAUUACGUUUCAGCUUUUUGCAAUUGAACAAGGAAAUUAACGGCAUGCUCAACUCUGUUGAAAAUGAAGCAACCAAUAAAGAUUUUACCUCUGCCGACUUGUUAAGUGGUUCUUCGGCCACUGUUCUCUACAUAAAAGGGAAAAUGCUCUAUACUGCCAACAUUGGGGAUACAAUGGCCAUUUUAUCAAAGAAUAAUGGAGAUAUUACACCUUUAACAAAGCGCCAUGUUCCAUCGGAGAGUGAGGAGUACGAAAGAAUUCGUAUUUCUGGUGGCUACGUCAAUAACCAUAAACUUGAUGGCGUCUCUGACGUUUCACGAGCUGUAGGGUUUUUUGACUUACUCCCCCAUAUCCAUGCUGCUCCCGAUAUCUCUGAAGCUUGUUUAACAACGACUGAUGACCUAGUAAUUAUAGCCACCUGCAAACUGUGGGAGUAUCUUGAUUAUCAAACCGCUUCUGAUAUAUGCCGUGAAAACAAGAUGGACCCUAUGCGUGCUGCAGAAAAGCUGAAGGAUUUCGCAAUAUCUUUUGGGUGUGCUGAAAACAUGACAAUUCUCUGCUUAUCCUUAGACAAAUCCAGCACUAGCCAAAAUAAUUUUAUCUUGAAGAAGCAGGAAUUAAUCUCCAGGAGGAGCACCUUUGAAGACUCUACACUCCGAAGACUACAGCCAGAAAUUUCUCCUCCAACCGGAAACUUGGCGAUGGUUUUCACCGAUAUAAAGAACUCAACUUUCCUUUGGGAGUUAUUUCCAAAUGCAAUGAGAAGUGCUAUCAAAACGCAUAAUGACAUCAUGCGGCGAUGCUUGCGAGUAUUUGGUGGUUAUGAAGUCAAAACAGAGGGGGACGCAUUCAUGGUUGCUUUUCCAACGCCAGUGCGCGCACUAGUUUGGUGCAUGAGUGUUCAACUAAAACUGCUAGAUGCAGAAUGGCCGGAAGAGAUUACUUCCAUUCAGGAAGGAUGUUUGAUAAGCGAUUCCCGUAACCAAAAGUUGUAUCUCGGUUUAUCUGUCAGAAUGGGCAUUCAUUGGGGAUGCCCAGUACCUGAGCUAGAUGUCGUUACCCAGCGCAUGGACUACUUGGGGCCUGUCGUCAAUAAGGCGUCAAGAGUGUCUGGUGUCGCGGAUGGAGGUCAGACAACACUUAGUAGCGACUUCUGUUCAGAGUUCCAAAAAGUCAUGGCCUUGCACGACCGCGUUGAAAAAGCAAAUGUUUCAUUAAAAGAGGCCUACGGUGAAGAGUUCGUCGGCGAUAUCAUGGAAAGAGAAAUUCAUUUGCUAGAAAGCAUUGGGUAUGUGUUUGAGGAGCUGGGCGAAAAGAAACUCAAAGGUUUGGAAUCUAUUGAGUAUAUCACUAUCGCCUAUCCUAAGGUGUUGGCCGCGCGCCAUAAUUUCGUCACACAGAAGGCGGAAACGAGCGUAAUAGACGAGGAGACGUUGUUCAAGCUGAGAAGUAUCUCCAAUAAGCUUGAAUGUAUGAUUUCUAUCGUAAAUGGCUCUCUUGUUGAAAAGGAAGAUUUUGGAAGAGUUGGAGUUGGUCACCACGCCACUUUCGAUGCCAAAACCAGCGCUGCGGUUUCCCACUCAAUGACCGAAUUGAAUCGCGUAGCACUGUUGGACCAUGUCAUUACACGGCUUGAGGGUACUAUCGCCAUGCUCCAAAUUCGCCAGCGUAUUGAGGGCCCUUUGAAUGUAGCGAAGACAAACGAACUGGCUGCCAGCAAAUCCAUCUUUGAACUGGUUGACGAACUCUUCAAAGGGGCAAAUUUGGAAAAGUAA